AUGGGGAAGUGGGGUUUAAUUCGGCUUUUUAAAACCAUUUUCGCUUCAAGCAAAUAACAAAUGCAUUUAUAAAGGCCCAGACCAUUACAUAACUUCGGGUGGGAUGGGGGCGCGUGCGCGCCUAGUUGAAUGCAUCGGUAUUUGGGCUAACAACUCUCAUAUAGAUAAAGCUGUAUAGUCAACUAGCAAGCAUGCUAGCUAGGUACUAUUGUUGCUUGCUAGCUAGGUACUAUUGUUGCUUGCAUGCUAGCUGAGUACUAUUGUUGCUACCUUACAUUAACUGGCGAACUAGCUAAAUCAAAUUAUUGAAACGAUACUAUCUGAAGAGCGCACGAAAAGUGUUACUUUGCUAUAAGAACACAAAUAAAUGUUACCACCGCGCAUGCCAUGUCCAGAUUAGUAGACCCAGCAAUGAAUUGCAUUUGCAACAGUGUAGCUACACUGUGAAUUCAAUGGCUGGAGGCCCGUGUGUCAAAAUCAUAUACAUUAAAACCAGAGCGCGUGCAUAUGUUGAUAAUGCCACAUAACAAUCGUAGCUACAAACUAUGCUAGCAGAAUAUGCGGACAGGACCUUAAUCAGCAUCCUGGAAGAGGAAAGCACGGAAGAUCUGUGUCCCACACCACAGACAGGUGCAGUGUGUAGCCAGAGCUGCACAGAGGGAGGAAGCUCUGGGGAGGAGGUGGUGCAGCAGUGCACCCCUCCGGCUGUGGCUGUGCUGGGUGGCGACCCCCAGGCUGAGCAUUAUGUGGCUGGGUCAUCCCAGCAUGCCCUGCAUCCAGUACCUGCUGCGCCCCUGCCACCACUGGAUAACACGGCCACGUCACAGCCAGAAAGACGCGUACACGUCAGUGAAAAGAACGCACCCACAGAGAGUCACCCCAACGGCAAAACUAAGGACAGCCGUGAAGAAGGGGCUAUGUCGGAUAGUGGUGCUGAGGUUGUCCAAGGAGGAUUGGGCCCAUCGCACGCCAAUGAUCCUAGUGUCUCUACAGAGUCUCACUCAGACAGAUUCUCUGACAUACAGACGGAAGGAACAGAGCAAGAUUUGCAUUACGGGUCACAAACUGAUAACCGCAGCCACACAGACAGACAGACGGGCGCUGCUGGACCAGGUCAGGACCAGGCUCUGCAGCAGGGAGAUGCAGGUGGAAUGGAGGUUGUCAGUCGGACAGAACAGCGACAGCCUCUCCCAGAGACGGAGAAAUUGGAAUAUAAACAAAAGACUGGAAAGGAGGAACUUAGCAGGGAACACCCAGCUAGAAACCUUUCCUCUGAAUCCUUCUCAACAGCCUCCCCUCUUCCCCUCAGCCCAAAUACAGAUAAAGUCCCAGACCACACAGAAGACGGAGGGAUGGAGCAGCCUCAAACAACUCUGCCUACUCAGGCGAAUCAGGCCAGCCACAGACCUCUAUCUGAGGUUAAAGAGCAAGCAGGCAUUCUUCAAAAUUCUGAGCAGCCCAUCACUGACAACUGUGAGAGGAAACAAACCGACAUCUCCACAGAACCUAAAAUCACCAUGCAGAACUCGAAUGACGACAAAGGAGAGAUGCCGGGAGCUAAUGCUGUGGAGCAGGGACCACAAGAACCUGAAAGACCUACAGAACCAUCUGAGAGUGGACAUGUCACACUUGGGAGUUCACACACACAAACGCCACUCCCAGCCCCACCAACUGACGUAUCUGGGACCCCACAGCCAGGAGCUAAAUACUCUGGACUUGUACCCUACACGCCUCCUGGCAGUGGAAAUUCCACCCCAAGCUACUCAACUGACCGACAGAGUGAGAGCGAUAACGAAAAAAGUCCACCUCAACAGAAGGAACAGAUUGAGACUAACAGGGCAGAGGAGGAGACUGAAAUGGCCGAGCCCUCGCCCAACCUUACAAUCCAGUCACAAAGCUCUUUUCUACACGAGACGUCAACAACAGCAGCAACUCCUCAUGUCCACCACCUCCCCAGUUUAGAACUGGACUCAAUGCAGACAGAACAAUCUGUUGAAGUUCAGAUGUCUAAUCUUGAGCACGUAACCAGGAUAGAGACUCCACUGGUGUCUGAACAUGUCCUCUCAACUGACACUCAAGGAGCUGUGAUGCUUGGAGGAGAGACCAGCCUGGAGUUGUGUGAGGAGGUGCAGGUUAAUCAGUGUAUCCUCCUGGAAGAACACAAUGUUAUUGAAUUAAACUCUGAACUUUCUUCUGGAGAAACAAAGUCGUUUAUUGAAGGGACCCAUUCGGACAUUGAAAUGUCCCAACUGGCUGCUGGAGAAUUUGAGAUUUAUAGCUUUGCAGAGGAGGAGAUUGCAACAGAAGUUGUUGGAGAGAGACUGUCUCUCUCCCCAAGCUAUGAAGUAAACUUAUUCACCCCACUCAUUGAACACUCUGAGAAUUGUACAGCCAGUGAGGGACAAGACAUACACCUGCCAUCUCCCCCUCAAACGGGUAAUGACAAUGAUCAAGCCAUUAUCCAGCAAGGCCCCCUUUCAUCAGAUCACGGUCUCUCAGAAAUGGAGGUCUGUUCAAAUGACUAUAUUCCUAGUCUCUCUACACAACAUGUAGAGAUGACUGAUGAAAGACAUCAUUUAGAACCCGAAAACACAACUACUGAAGCGGACACUGCUGUGGUGGAAGAUUCAAGUGAGGUUGAUUUAGUCAUAACUGUCCCAGGAUCAGAUAAAACAGUUGGAAAGGCGAACACUUGUACACAAGCUACAGAACCUUGUAUGGAGACCAGCACAGCUGUCUCAGACCAUAGAGGGGUGAGCUUUUCCCCAACCACCCAUCUGAGUGACAUCCAAAAGCUGCCAGGGGAAACUGAAGUAGGGUCAACGACCAGUAAGUCUUCUCUUGUCUCCCCAAUGGACGAAUUAACAGAGGUUGUUGUACAGUCAACCAGUCAACACAGUAUUGAGGUCCUCUCCUUGCCAAUUACCAUACACUUGUCAGAGAGUAAAGGGCAGAAUUGUCCUCUAAUAGAGGUACCAGGAGUUACCUUACGAAGUACUACAGAACCAGAGUCCUGUGUUUCAUCUCAUGAAGGGCCUGAAGAUCCACAGCCCUGUCCAACUCUGACAGAAACCCCAGUGCAGACCCAGCAGGAUGUUGAUCGUGCUGUUAAUGUGACAUCAACAACCGAGGUCAAACCGGAGGCUUCCCGGUCCGCGCUCUCCUCUGGCGUCAUCGACCCAAAGCUCCUCCUAUUAAAGCGCGGGGACACCCCUCUCCUCAAACAUCCACCCUCCUUAUUGUUGGGGUUGUGCGUGCAGCAAAGCAACAGCUUGACACAUCCUAGCGCUAGAAGCCCCAGCUGUGGCUCAGACACGGCGCCUGUGGUAGAGUGCCCUCCCAAAGCUGUGGCAGCCGCAGUCUCUGUGCAGGAGCCUGUGGCUCUCUGCAUUCAUAGAGGCCAGACAGAGCCCUCCGUCAAGAGAGAACCCACAGCAGCACUUCCCUCUACAAACACCCCAUCACAGCCCCGUCUGCUCCCUCCCUCUGGUCCCACGCCAUGCAAAUCUGACAGAGGGGCCUUAACUUCGAUCAAAACUUCCAUGGGGAAAGCAGUGACAGUUUCCCAAACCUUAAACCCUCCCACCAUUGGCAACACACCUUCCAAGCGCCCCUCUGACCCCAAGUUGCCCUCAACAUCAGGCAAUGUGACGAGGAGUAGUCUCUCCAUUUCCUCCUGUGAUGGGAGCCAGUCUGGACCGCUCCCCGUUAUCCGGCCACGGCUAGCUGGUGUGAAGGGCCCAGGGAUCAGCAGCGCCAAGGAGGAGAGCAGUGAUGGGGAGGCUGACCUAGCAGUGGAGGCCAAGCCUGGCCGCAGGAGCAUGGUCACCCACAGCCCAGUAGAGAGCAAGCAUGAGCAGAGACAGAGCAGGCCAGACAGAAAGGCCCUUUUCUCAAAGGUACGCCAGUGGAUAGCAGACAGGGUCACUCCAAGUUCGUCUCCCUUCUCGCCCUGUUCUUCACCCCCCUCUCCUAGCCCAUCUUCCUCCAGUGACUGGACUCCCAGCACUACUCCCCUCGCUCUCCGAGGUCCCCGGGGUAGGUUCCUCUCCCCGCCCUCUAUGGGCCUGGGAGGUUCCUCCCCAUCGGACCCGGUCACUCCCUAUCGACCCCGCAUGGAGCGUCACGCGGACAUGGCCGAACUGGCCAAACACGAAGCUGAGAUAGAGGGCAGGACCCUAGCGUUGAAGAGAGAAGGCUUCUGGUCUAUAAAGCGACUGACCCGUCUGACGGAGCCGAUCCGGCCCAAGGUGCACUGGGACUACCUGUGUGAGGAGAUGCAGUGGCUCUCUGCUGACUUUGCCCAGGAGAGAAGGUGGAAGAGAGGGGUCGCCAGGAAGGUGGUGCGGAUGGUGAUGCGACACCACGAGGAGCUAAGGCAGAAGGAGGAGAAGGCCAAGCGGGACGAGCACGCCAAAAUCAGACGAGUCGCCUCCAACGUAGCCAAGGAGGUCCGGGCCUUCUGGGGCAGUGUUGAGAAGGUGGUGCAGUACAAGCAGCAGUCCCGGUUAGAGGAGAAGAGGAAGAAGGCUCUGGACCUCCAGCUGGACUUCAUCGUGGGCCAGACAGAGAAAUACUCCGACCUCCUUAGUCAGGCCCUGGAAACGGCACCGGCUGGGAACAGUGAACCUGCACCCUCGCCACCCAAAAAAUCCCUUCCACCUGCUGUGGAUGAGGAUGACCGAGACUUUGAGCCUCCGUGUGGCGAGGAGGAAGAUGACGAGGAGACCAUCGACGUAGAGGAGGCGCAGGACGGCAAUGAUGCCGAGACCCAGAGGAGGGAGAUGGAGAUGCUGAGACAGGAGGGGACCAUGUCCUUGGCAGAGUUGCUCAGCACCCUCAAACGGCCUCAUUCACAGGACUCGGAAGAGGAGUGCUCAGGCAAUUCGUCAACAACAGUGGAGGAAGACGAAGAGUUCACAGCCAACGAAGAGGAUGCUGAAGACGAGGAGGACACCAUCGCAGCCCAGGAGGUAGUGGAGGGGGAAGCUGAUCACACAGGAGAGCUUGAUGACUUGGCUAAAGAAGGUGACAUGACCGUGGAGGAGCUGCUGGAGAAGUACAAAGGAGCGUAUGCCUCUGAUUUCGAGGCGCCCUCCGCGUCCGCCUCUCCUGCCAGCACAGAGGAGUCGGAAAAUUCCGGAGACGAGGAAGAGGAGAGCGAGGAAGAAGAAAGUGAUGUGGAGAGCAACACCACCUCCUCAGAUGAUGAGGACAGUGAAGAGGACGAGGUCAGUGACAUUGAGGAAGAGGACAGUGAGGAAGAUGAGUGCGGUGAGGGGAUGGAGAUCCUGCUGAAGGAGGGGGACCACAGCCCCCCUCUGCCAACCGGCCCGCGGCCCAAGAAGGAGAUCAGCCACAUUGCUGCUACUGCAGAGAGCCUCCAGCCCAAAGGCUACACCCUGGCCACAACCAAGGUCAAAACUCCCAUUCCCUUCCUGUUGGUGGGCCAGCUGCGUGAGUACCAGCACAUCGGCCUGGACUGGCUGGUCACCAUGUACGAGAAGAAGCUCAACGGCAUCCUGGCUGACGAGAUGGGCCUUGGGAAGACCAUCCAGACCAUCGCCCUGCUGGCUCACCUCGCCUGUGAAAAGAGUAACUGGGGGCCCCAUCUGAUCAUCGUGCCAACCAGUGUGAUGCUGAAUUGGGAGAUGGAGCUGAAGCGCUGGUGUCCCGGAUUCAAAAUCCUCACUUACUAUGGCAGUCAGAAGGAGAGGAAACUCAAGAGACAGGGUUGGACCAAGCCCAACGCUUUCCACGUGUGCAUCACCUCCUACAAGUUGGUGCUGCAGGACCACCAGGCCUUCCGACGCAAGUCCUGGCGCUACCUCAUCCUGGACGAGGCCCAGAACAUCAAGAACUUCAAGUCCCAGCGCUGGCAGAGCCUGCUCAACUUCAACAGUCAGAGGCGCCUGCUGCUGACAGGCACCCCGCUGCAGAACAGCCUGAUGGAGCUGUGGUCCCUGAUGCACUUCCUCAUGCCCCACGUCUUCCAGUCCCACCGAGAGUUCAAGGAGUGGUUCUCCAACCCCCUCACCGGUAUGAUCGAGGGUAGCCAGGAAUACAACGAGGGCCUGGUAAAGAGGUUACAUAAGGUGCUCAGACCGUUUCUGUUGAGGAGAAUCAAGGUGGAUGUGGAGAAGCAGAUGCCUAAGAAAUAUGAGCAUGUGGUGCGCUGCCGUUUGUCCAAGAGGCAGCGCUUCCUCUACGAUGACUUCAUGGCACAGGCCUCGACCCGGGAAACGCUGGCUAGUGGUCACUUCAUGUCUGUGAUCAACAUCUUGAUGCAGCUCCGUAAAGUGUGUAACCACCCCAACCUGUUUGACCCUCGGCCCAUUCACUCCCCCUUCAUCACCAAGCCUAUCGUCUUCCACACUGCCUCCCUGGUACAGCGAGCCCUGGACGUCUCCCCAUUCAAGCGCUGCGACCUGUCCAUGUUUGACUUGGUGGGUCUGGAGGCCAACGUGUCCAGGUACCAGGCCGACGUGUUUCUGCCUUCCAGGAAGGUCACCCGUCAGCUGAUCCAGGAGGUCAUGGAGUCUCCCGACACCCCUCCCCGUCCCAAACCCGUCCGCAUGAAGGUCAACAGGAUGUUCCAGCCCUUACCUAAGGCUGAUGGUCGCACGGUGCUGGUGGUGAACAAACCCCGACCCACCUGCCCUGUCACCCCUGCUGCUCAGGCCUCAAGGACCCCUCUCAUCCAGGAUGUGACCCCAACCCCUACACCGCCAGUCCAACAAACAGUGUGUUCAGUUGCACCCACAGCCCCUCCUCGCCCGCCCUUGCACCCCAGUGGCCCCUCUGUCAUGAGGUCCGGCUCCCCAAUGCCAGUCCUGGCCGUACGCCCGCCCACCACCUCCUGCAACCCCGCCACCCAUCUCACCCAUCCUCCCAGCAACGUUUUGACCCAACGGGUUUUGCUCAGCCCAGACAUGCAGGCCCGGCUUCCCUCUGGGGAGGUAGUGAGUAUCGCCCAACUGGCCUCAUUGGCCGGGCGUCCUGUGUCAUCGUGCCAGGGCAGUAAGCCUGUCACCUUCCAGCUGCAGGGCAACAAGCUCACCCUGUCUGGAACCCAGCUCCACCAGGUUCCCAUGGCACCUCCACGCCCAGUACAAGGUAACGUCAUGCAUCUGGUGACCAGCGGAGGGCAGCACCACCUCAUCAGCCAGCCAGCCCAAGUAGCAGUUUUCAGUUCAGCCAAUACCCACGCUGUCCCCACCUCUCCUGUACCCUCGGGAAUCCAGCUGCCUUGCAAUUCUUCUCAAGUGCCCUCCUCCGUGGUGACCAGCUCUGGGAUUGUGAAGAUUGUGGUACGCCAGUCAAGCAAGGAAGGAGGGGGUGUACCCACCCUGGCAGUGCCCCCUUCUCCUCGCGUAGCCCCCCAGGCAUCAACCUCCAUGCACCAUCAUGCCAAUACUGCCGUGAGAACUCCUGCCCCCCAGCAAACCGCCCAUCGCCACCCCGGACCCACCACUGCUCAAUACACCCUGGCCCCCCCUAGAACCCCUACCUCAGUCACAAUUAGAACCUGUACUCCAGCCCCCCCUCGAAUCCCUGCCCCAGCCCCUCCUCGAACCCCUGCCCCCCCCCGUAAUCCUACCUCAGCCCCCAGUCAGUCCCAGCCCCCUCGCCCGGUGCUGAAGGUAGUAACGGGACCAGCAGAAACCAGCACAGAACAGAAAGCGCGUGUGAAUUCUACAUUGACACGUGAGGAGAGCAGCGACACCAAAUCAGCCGUUCCUAAAUCAGGGUCACAUGUUGGUGGAUUUGUCCCCCCUCGACCUCGGGCACAACCUCGCCCACCUCCUCGCUCCCCCUUCUACAUGGCAUGGCUGGCAGACAGCCGCAAGAAGCAGCGAGACAGCCGCCUGACCCAGAUCAUCCGGAUCAACGACCUGCACUGCAGCGCCAAGCCCGUAUUUGGCCAUGAGGUGCUGGACUUCCUCACCUUCCUCCCGGGCUCCUGCCCUGCUCCGGCCCCCAGGGCCCUGGGUCAGUGGGGUCGCUCGGGCCACGCCGCCUGCCUGUUCGCCCAGUCCCACAGCACUACGGACUACUGGGACCAGAGCCGCGCCCUGAGGGAGGGCAUCCACACCACCGAGGACAGGCUGCAGCUGCUCAAAGAUGUGAUCGAACGGUUUACGUUUGUGAUCCCGCCGGUGGAGGCUCCGGCCAUCACCAUGCGAAGCUGCCACCCCCCUCCGUCUCUGAGCCACCAGCAGGCCGUGUUCACCUCGCUGCUCUCCUCCCAGGUGGCCCCGCUCGCACGCAGUCUGCACCGCAUCCAGUGCAACAUGAGGACCCACUUCCCUGACCUGAGGCUCAUCCAGUACGACUGCGGUAAGCUGCAGACGCUCCACACCCUGCUGCGUCGGCUGAAGGAGGGCCAACAUCGCGUUCUCAUCUUCACCCAGAUGACCCGCAUGCUGGACGUGCUGGAGCAGUUCCUCAACUACCACGGACACAUCUACCUCCGGCUGGACGGCAGCACCCGCGUCGAGCAGAGACAAUCCCUGAUGGAUCGCUUCAACGCGGACCGCCGCAUCUUCUGCUUCAUCCUGUCCACGCGCAGCGGCGGCGUGGGGGUGAACCUGACAGGCGCCGACACGGUGGUGUUCUACGACAGUGACUGGAACCCCACCAUGGACGCCCAGGCCCAGGACCGCUGCCACCGCAUCGGACAGACCCGCGACGUCCACAUCUACAGGCUGAUCAGUGAGCGCACGGUGGAGGAGAACAUCCUAAAGAAGGCCAACCAGAAAAGAAUGCUGGGAGACAUGGCCAUAGAAGGAGGCAACUUCACCACCGCUUUCUUCAAACAGCAAACCAUCAGGGACCUGUUUGACGUGAAUGAGGGGGAGAAGAAGGAGGUGACCCCAGAGCCGUCUGUGCCCCAACCAGAAGAGGAAGAGACGGGCAACAAACAGAACACCACCAUCCUGGAGCAGGCCCUUUGUCGUGCCGAGGACGAGGAGGACAUAGUGGCUGCCUCCCAAGCCAAAGCAGAGCAGGUAGCUGAACUGGCAGAGUUCAACGAGGCCAUCCCAUUGGACGAGGCUGGCGAAGGGAGGGACCCGGAAGAGGAGGAGCUCUCCAAGGCAGAGCAGGAGAUAGCGGCUCUUGUGGAGCAGCUCACUCCUAUAGAGCGCUAUGCUAUGAAUUUCCUGGAGGCUUCACUGGAGGACGUGUGCAAGGAGGAGUUAAAGCAAGCAGAGGAGCAGGUGGAGGCUGCCAGGAAGGGGCUGGACCAGGCCAAGGAGGAGGGCCUGAAGCUGCAUGCAGGCUCCUCGGACAACGACGACGAGGACUUCUCAUCACAGCCAGCGGAGGAGCCCUCGCCGCCCGGGUCGGGCCGUCGCCCACGCAAACACAAAGAGAAAGGCGCCCCCUCCACCAGAAUCAGCGGUAGGCUCCGAGGAGCCACGGCCUCCCCACCGCCCACUUCCCCAGAGCCAGAGUCCGAUUCCCCCACCCCCAGAGAAGUGCCUGAAAGGCUCCGCUCAGCUCUGAGAGGACGAGGGGGGAUCAAAGACACUACCACCACACCGGCCCGCACAGAGCACCCCAGGGCCCACACCUCCUCAUCAAAGGAAUCUGCCAAACCUGCAUCCACAACCCCGGCCUCUCCUUCUAGAGACUCCAGCCUCAAAUCCGGGUCGGCAGCGCAACCUCUCGGAUCUCAGUCCGAAUCCAGCUCAGUGCCUUCCACUGCCACCAGUCCUCUAGCUAUGAAACCACUGACACUACCAGGGGAGUCACACACCAGGUCACCCAGCGGGGAGAGGGCAGUGUGUAUCACCUCAGAGUCCACGUGUCCGGUGGACCACCAGUCAUACUCUGCCCAGGCCAGGGACUACGACAUUAGGGACCAGGAGUCCCUGUCUCCCAACUCUGUGUGCCCUCUCUCCCGAUCGCCCCGCAAGCGCCAGUCGGCUGACGGGGAGGUCCUGCUAGGCCUUCCGGAACAUUCCCCGUCGGCCAAGGUCCUGCGGAAGCUCCCUGGUCGCCUGGUGACGGUGGUGGAGGACAAGGAGCCCAGGAAGAGGAGGAGGAGAGGCAGCGGGACAGGAGGAGGCUCAUCAGAGGAGACGGAGAACGCUGAGUCAGGCCGAGGCUCAGACGAGCCAAGCCGAGACUCCCAAACCCCUGACAAAACCAGCCAGAUACCCGAAGAGAAAGGAACUGCUUCAAAAUACUCAACGACCACCAAACUCACAGAGGACCAAGAAUCCCCCUCAACACACACCUAUCCUGCCAGAAGCUACCUCCCUUACUCCCCGCCCCACCAAUCCCCUGACAUGCCGGUGCUGAGGAACCUGCCGGUGCGGCAGCGGCUGGAGAGCGAGUCUCGAGUGGCGGCGCAGUUAGGAGAGCUGGGCCGAGGGAGGGGAGGGAACUACCACAGGAAAAUGGACAAUCAGCCAGGAAAAGACGGAAACUUGUCCUCAGUCGCUAAUGUUGCGAACUCGACCCCACCAGUGAAACGAAAGAGGGGCCGACCCCCCAAAACUCCCCUCGGGUUGGCGGUAUCCCAGCCAGAGUAUGUAUCUCCUCCCCAGCCCACCUCAGCAAGUGAGGGGAGCCCCGCUCUCUCCCCUAAACGCAAGCGGGGUCGUCCCCGCAAGGACUCGACAACUGUAAAGAAUGCCGUGGGUGCAGGACAUAACUCAACCGCCAGCACCACCAGCCGACCUGGUUCCCUGUCUGACGCUGUUGACACAGAGCCACUACUCCCGUCUGCCCCCACUGAGCCUCAAACUGUGGCCUCCUCUGCUAUCUGCACCAGCCAAGACUCUCUGUCUACCAAAGCUGAGGACUCUACCGCAACAUUAAAACCAAACACUAAGACUGAGGACCUUACCACAACCCCAACUGCAAUCCUAGCACUAAGCCCAGCUCAAGUUCUUACCGCUAUUCCUGCGCCAAGCCGAACUCGAGUUCCCAUCUCAAUUCCAAUCUCUGUCUCCACCUCAAGCUCAACCGAUGUCCCUGCCUCAAGCUCAACAACCAUCUCCACCUCGGUUCCAAUUUUAGUCCCUGCCACAAGCUCACCCACAGUCCCCGCCUUAAACUCAACCUCUGUUCCUGCUUCAAGCUCAUCCACAGUUUCCACCCCAAGCUUACCCACAGUAUCCACAUCGAGGCCGCCCUUUAGCCCUUCCUCAAGGUCAACCUCUGGUCUCAUUCGAAUUCCAACUGCAGUCCUCACCUCAACACUUGCCCAGUUCCUCACCUCAAGACCUAGAGUCUCCACUUCUCCACCAAUCUCCACAACUACCACACAAAUCGUCACCCCUACCCCCAACAAGAUCUCCACUCCUCCCCUUGCCCAAAUCGCUAUCCCUACUCCAGCUCAAAUCUCCAAAAUGGCCACAUCAGCCUCUACUCCAAACGUCACCCCCACUCCAGCCCCUACACCAACACUCACAAAUGUCAAACCAACCCCUACUCCGGGCCCUACCACAAUUGUUGCAACCCAUGUACCAACACUUAGAAAACUCACCUCAAUCGCAAAUCUGACCACCAUUUCCACACCAGCCCCAAGUAUAAUAGUCACCACCGUCACAUCAGCCCGAACCACAGCCAUCACAGCAGUUACUGCAACAACCUCCAUACCAACUUCUACCAAAAUCACCAUCACAACCCCCACACCAGCCCCUACAACAACCACCACACUAACCUCUACACCAGCCCCUACCACAACUGUCACCACCGUUACACCAGCCCCUACCACAACUGUCACCACCGUUACACCAGCCCCUACCACAGCUGUCACCACCGUUAAACCAGCCCCUACCACAACUGUCACCACCGUUACACCAGCCCCUACCACAACUGUCACCAGCGCUACACCGCCCCCACCCAGAACUGCCACCACUGCUACUGCAUCCGCUGCCACAAGCAUCACAUCAACUCCUACCCCAACCCCCACUGAAGCCCCCAUGCCAACCCCCGCCCCUUCCCAAGUAUACAACUCUACUACCAACAAAAUCCUCACCCAGAUAUCCACCCCAGCCCCCACUCCAAGUUCAACAUUAGUCUUGCCCCUGGCCCAAAUUCCUAUUACAUCUACCCUCUCCAGCAACUCUACUGCUGUGGCUGCCACAGAGAACCAGACUGUGGAGACUGCCCAGAAUCCAGAUUCAGAGAACAUAAAAGACAUGGAGGUGGAGACCCAGGCGGCUAAAGAGGACAAAAAGACGGAGGGUGGAGAAGAGGAGAUUAGUGACUCUCAACCGAAAAAGAGGAAAGUGGAGAAUUCUCCUGAAGCCAAAGACACUGUCCUUUCCACUCCCUCACUCGCUGACCCAGAGACUCCAGUGGCUCCUCGGCCAGAGGAAACAGAUAAGCAGAAGAUAGAGGAGAGUGCCAGAGAUGACAAAGCCGCCAGCAAGAAGAGGCCUCUUAGUCGCCAGAGCAGUCAGGAGUCUGUGCGCUCCUCUUCUCCCUCCUCUGUGUGCUCUACAUCCAAUCCCACCCGGUCAUCCCAACACAAGAAGAGUGCAGAGAAGAGAGCACCUGCCAAGAGGAGGCGAGGAGAGGUUCUGUUUGACCCAGAGAAGGGAGAGGGGAAGACUGAGAAAGAGUCCACCAACGCCACUCGGAGGAGGCAGUCCAGGUCCUCUUCUUCAGACUCGGACCCCUGUGAAACCAGGAAAGAGCGCCUCCUCACCCGCUCGUCCCAGAUCUGGCAGGAGAAAGAGGGGGAAGGAGAGGGCAACAGGCGGAGAAGAAGACCCGCCAGGAGCUCUGAACGGGAGGGCAGGACUGUGUCCAACAACACCGGUACUGGGGAGUCUGGCAGCGAGACAUCCUCUGUGAGGGUCACCCGGAAAUCCUCUGGUCCUCUGCCCAACCCAGAGAGUAAACCCCAGUCUAACAGCGUGCCCUCUACCCCUCCCCAGCCAGAGGUCCUGGGAAAGAGGUGCUCAGCCCUGAACGCUGCAGCCAAACUCCUUGCCAUGCGAGGCAGGGUCGACACCCCUGGCAGCAGGAAAGACCCUGCGGCUAAGGCUGCUGGGCAGAAUGCCAUUUCUCCUGCUUCCUCUGACAAGAACCACAAGUCCAAAUCUAAAAGUGCACCAGCCACUCCGCAAACAAACUGCAACAACAAAGCAGGAAUCAGCCAGAUGACCCCCACCAAGUCUAGCCGCACCGCCGCCCGCUCCACCCGCCAGUGCCCUGGCGCCCUCGUCCCACCCCUGGAGACAGACAACAAGAGGGGGAGCAAAAAGGAGGAGAGUGAAAAAGAAAAAAAGAAGCCCUCGGAGGAGAAGGAAGAGGAGGGGUGCGAGAGGGAGACUCACUCGUCCAGGGGCCACAGCGCCUGCAGCAGCGUGAGUAGCGAUGGUGGAGGGAGUAGUCGGACCAGCAGCAACAGCAGCCAGCGCACCCACAGCCUCAGCUCCCAGAGCACCGGGCCCAGGCUCAACAGCUCGCGAGCACCCUCCUCCGGCAGCGAACGUGAACGCAGCACCGAGAGGGGCAGGAGGCGUAGCCACAGGAAGGAAGGAGAAGGCCGGGGGAGGGAGACCCGGAAGGAAAGAAAGGAGAGGCACGCCCAGAAGCGGGAGAGGCUCUCACAGGAAGGGAACGCUGGCUCGGGAGAGGGCACCCCGGACAGGGUGCUGCGCAGCGUGGCGGCUAUGGCAGCAGCUCAGGCCCGCACACCUGCCGCCAACACCCGCUCCUCCCGCUCUUCCUCUGCCCAACACAACAAGACAUGAUGGAAUAACAAGAUAUUUUUUUUAAACUGGGAGAGGGAGUGAGGGAUUCUGACUGGAAAACGGAGGGGAAAUGGCCUCUAAAGUUGCUGCUUUGUCUACACUGACGGAGGCCAGAGCAGAACUACGUGUUGUGCAGGUCAGUGACCUCCCUCCCUCUUGGGCCCUCUCCCCCACCCCACAUUAGAGCUGGUCUCCUCUCCAGUUCAGCCAUCAUCAACUGGGGAAAGGCUUAGAGAUGCCAGACUGUCUGCGGAGAGAAAGGUGCCACCAUGGUAGAGCCCUUCCAGAAGUGAGGUGUUGUAGUCCUGAAGGUGUCACUUCAUACGGACAGUGGCUUGACUGCACACCGGGGACUUUGGGACGAGAUGGGUGCGAGUGAGUUAUUUGUUAGUUCACACUAUUGUACUGUAAAACAUUUAAAAAGACUGGAAUACUAAGAUGUAUGUGUUCGAGAGAGGAUUAGAUUGCACCCGAUAUGCAGAUUUUAUCCUCUGCCAGGGUUAUCGAUGGGAAUCAUUCAUGCGACAUUCAAAAUAAUAUUUUGAGUGACGAUUGUAUCGUACGUUUGAAGGUUUUAGACUUUUUGGGUUCUGGACAUUUUGUCAGCUGUUCUGACCUCUGUUGAUAAGUUAUGGAUAUUUUAUAGUUUCUUCCAGGAAGAGAGCAGAUCUGUAAAUGUGAUCUUUGCUGCAAUAUGCUGGAGUUACUCUUUGCUUGGGUCUCUGUAUCUUGUCAUUUUCUGUCCAUCUGACUUUUUAAAUCCAGCCUGCAAUUUUCCUUUGCACAUCUGACAUGAUGUCCUCAGCAUUUGAGUGCAUUGUGGUGUAGUAUUUUACAUAAAUUUCAAUCAAAUUACUACUACGUUCCUGGUACCUCACACAAUGUAACUCCAAAGCUCCAAAUAUGGCUGUCUCUCUCAAGCUUGUUAUGCAUCUCGAAGAUGCAAAUUAUUUUACUCACUGGCAAUGCAGAAACGGGAGCAGAACCUUGAUUUAACUCCUCACCUUUCCAAAGUCGGACAUUAUGGUUAACAUUUCAUGAAGUUUAUACUAAAAGGGUAUUGAAUCAGUGUGAAUAAAAAAACAGUGCCUAUUAGGCCGAGUGGGUGGACGGAGAUCCCAGUUUGCGUUGUAAAGUACUUGACGUUGAGGUGUGGAACUUACCGAGUUGUCAUUUGUCACAAAAAAAGGAUAUGCUUUCUGUAAAUCACGAGGAAAGCACCUUAUGCAUCAGUGCGAGCAAAUUUUUUUAAAUCUGAAUUUCUACUAUCAUUACAUUGCUCCUCUUUCAUGUAAGGACUUAAAAUAGUGCAGAUGGCUCUGUGACUUGCAUUUGUCAAAGCAGUUUUUGGGCAGGGUGAUGUUUGAGUGAAUGGGUGGAAUAUGGUGAUGGUCUUACCUUGAUUUGUCCAUUUAAUUUGUUACAUUCCUUUGUUCCCUUGUAAUUCCACAUUGUUUUACUUGAAAGACAAAAUGACAGUUGAAUAAAAAGACCAAAAAUGUA